AUGUACCGCUCCUCAGACAAGGGCGAGGGCGAGUUCGCGACGGCAGAUGACUUUGACGGAUUCUAUGCAGAGCAUCACGGGCUUCUCGACGGGAAUGUCUGGCGAAAGUACUACUCACUUGCUCUCCUCGCGCAGCUAAUAUCAGCUCACUUCUACCGGCUUCCCGACUUGCAGGAUCUACCAGAUUCAAGUGACCCUCUUGCGCAGCCACGGCACAAGGGAAAUGGCCACCUGACCAAGCUUCCGCGGUGGAUAGCCCUAGCUACUCUCGAGCAGACCAUCGCACGCUUGCGAGAGGACUAUGGAAGCGUCCAGCCGUACUCGGAGACUCAAGCUCGCUUCUGGCUCAACUACAUGAACAUAGGAUGCCCCGGAAAUUAA